AUGGUUAGUGAACUGCAGAACUACACCCAGCAGCUGGUGGACAUGGCGAGCAGGAUCAACCUGACCGCGUCCACCACCGUCGCCGGGCCGACCCAAUCGCAGGAGGAGGAACUGCAGACGGAGAUGAUGGUGUCGAUCAUCGUGGCCGUCUUCUUCGGUUUCAUCGGCAUCACGGGGCUGCUCGGGAACGCUCUGGUCGUGCUGGUCGUCCUCUCGAACCCGCAGAUGCGCUCCACCACCAACCUGCUGAUCAUCAACCUGGCCGUCGCCGAUCUGCUGUUUGUCGUCUUCUGCAUCCCGUUCACGGCCACCGACUACGUGCUGGCGUCCUGGCCGUACGGUGACCUCUGGUGUAAGAGCGUGCAGUACCUGAUCGUCGUGACGGCUCACGCCAGCAUCUACACGCUCGUGCUGAUGUCGCUCGAUCGCUUCCUGGCGGUGGUGCAUCCGAUCGCCAGCAUGGUCAUACGGACGGAGAAAAACACCGUGCUCGCCAUCACCAUCCUGUGGAUACUGAUCAUCACCACCGCGCUGCCCGUGUCCUUCUCUCACGGUAUCAAUGUUUACAAGUACGGCGAGAGGGAAAUCAUAACAUGCGGCUUCCUGGCGAACACGGACUUCUCCUGGGCAGCCUUCCACAUCGCCUUCUUCCUCAGCUCGUACGUCGUGCCGCUGAUACUGAUCAGUGUCCUGUACAUGUGGAUGCUGUCGCGGUUGUGGCGAAGCUCGGUCGGCGGUCGCUCGGCCGAGUCGAAAAAGGGUAAGAAGCGUGUAACCCGGCUGGUGGUGAUCGUGGUGGCGGCGUUCGCUUCGCUCUGGUUUCCCAUACAGGUCAUCCUGGUGCUGAAAAGUGUCAAAGUCUUCGUGCCGGACACACAUUUCAAAAUCUCGCUGCAAAUAGUCUCCCACGUGCUCGCGUACACGAGCUCCUGCAUCAAUCCGCUGCUGUACGCGUUUCUUUCGGAAAACUUCCGGAAGGCGUUCCGCAAGAUCGUUUACUGUGGUCCCGGAAGUCGCCGACAGGGCAGCCAACGUCACAUGCCACUGCCAACGAAAACGACUCGCACCGGUAGCUGUCCGGACAUUUUAUAA